UGCAGCUCCUCAACCUCAACCUCGCCAUGGCCUCUGCUGGUCUGCAAAUCCUGGGGAUCGUCCUGACACUGCUUGGCUGGGUGAAUGCCCUGGUGUCCUGCGCCCUGCCCCUGUGGAAGGUGACCGCCUUCAUCGGCAACAGCAUUGUGGUGGCCCAGGUGGUGUGGGAGGGGCUGUGGAUGUCCUGCGUGGUGCAGAGCACUGGCCAGAUGCAGUGCAAGGUGUACGACUCGCUGCUGGCACUGCCCCAGGACCUGCAGGCUGCCCGAGCCCUCUGUGUCAUCACUCUCCUAGUGGUCCUGCUUGGCCUGCUGGUCUACCUCGCAGGGGCCAAGUGCACCACCUGUGUGGAGGACAAGGACUCCAAGGCCCGUCUGGUGCUCAUCUCUGGGAUCAUCUUUGUCAUCUCAGGAGUCCUGACCCUGAUCCCCGUGUGCUGGACGGCCCACACCAUCAUCCAGGACUUCUACAACCCCCUGGUGGCCGAGGCCCAAAAGCGGGAGCUGGGAGCCUCCCUCUACCUGGGCUGGGCAGCUUCUGGCCUUUUGUUGCUGGGUGGGGGGCUACUGUGCUGCACCUGCCCCUCUGGGGGGUCCCGGGGCUCCAGCCAUUAUAUGGCCCGAUACUCGGCCUCAGCCCCGCAUACUGCCUCUCGGGGUCCCUCUGAGUACCCCAAUAAGAAUUACGUCUAAUUCGGGAAGGGGAGCGGGGGCUCCCUUGAGAGUAGAGCCUAACCCUCUGAGCUGGAGCCAUGGCAAUGGUGAUCCAUGACAGCUUUGGUGGUGUUUUUGCUUUGUAUUGGGGGGGUGGGGUGGUUAAUCCAUUUGAUAACCCACCUGGGCUCUGCUACUGGUGUUCCUCACCUUUGGAUGAUGGAGCCAAAGAGGUGAUGCUUCAGAGUUUCUGGAUCUUUCUCCACCCUGGACACCACCAUCUUAGAGACCAACCUGGAGCUUUGGGCCCCAUGUGAAGGGUGCUUGCUAUCCAGGUGCUUUCAUCCUGUCCCCGAGAGUUCCUGCAGAUGUUGGGGGUAGGGCCUCCCUAGGCCUGCAGAGACAAGCCUUCCCUUGCUGGUCAGGCCUCUGGAACCCCCAGGGGCUUUUGAGCCAUGUGUAGCCUCUAGAGGAGCAGGUGAUAAGUUACCAAAGACCCACCCACCUCCAAGUCUUCUGACCUCUGGCUCCUCCAUCCUGAGUCAUGUCCCCCCUAUGCUGACCCCUGACCCUCCCAUCCCCAGCCCCUGUGCACUUCUGCCAUGUCCUGCCCACACUCACCAGUUUUUACUAAAUAAAGCACAUUUUGUUUGGUUA